AUGCGUGAAUACAAACUGGUCGUCCUUGGCUCUGGAGGCGUCGGCAAGUCUGCCUUGACCGUUCAAUUCGUACAGUCAGUGUUCGUGGAUCGAUACGACCCAACAAUCGAGGAUUCCUAUCGAAAGCAGGUCGAAGUGGACGGCCAUCAAUGCAUGCUGGAGAUCCUAGACACAGCCGGAACGGAGCAGUUUACAGCAAUGCGGGACCUCUACAUGAAGAACGGACAGGGGUUUAUCCUCGUUUUCUCGAUUAUUGCUGCUCAAACGUUUGAUGAGCUGCACGAACUCCACAGACAAAUCCAACGAGUCAAGGACAGCGACACUGUUCCUAUCGUCCUUGUCGGUAAUAAGUGCGACUUGGAGGAUGAUCGAACUGUGCCGCGAGAGGAGGGAGAGAGGCUGUCGAGCAAGUGGGGAUCAGCGCCAUUUUACGAAACGUCGGCACGAACAAGGAUAAACGUGGAUGAAGUUUUUUACGAUCUGGUUCGGUUGAUUAACAGGCAGAAUCCCGUCAGGACAGACAGAGCUUCACGCAGAAGGCGUUGCAGAAUCCUCUGA